CGCAAUGAACCAAAUACAGUCACAAGCUUUGCAUUUCCAAACCCUAGCGGAGCGGGAAUCUCUCUCUCUCUCUCUCUCUCCUUCUCUCUCUCUCUCCGAGACCUCUGCUGCACAACCUUCUGAGGAAAUCGGAGAUUUUCGGGCUGGAUUUCGAUAACGGAUUCUGAUUGGAGGUUUCAAGAGCUGCCUGAUUUUGUCUUCAUAUCAGGCUACUUUUCGUUGAUCAGGAGUUGCAUGAUCAUCGGUGUUGGAUGGCUUCUGCUUGCGUGAACAACAUUGGAAUAUCGCCGGACAACUUCCUGGACUGUCCGCCGACCUAUCCUUCGUACGGAUGGCUCAGCCCUAGAAUCUCUUUCAGCCGCGAUUUCGCAGAUGAAGAGGCAAAGAUCGCCGCAGGUAAAACCCCAUCUCCGGGUGAGAAACCUGUGAAACCUCUUGAAAAGGUAGAUCCCGAAACUUCUGGCAUGGAUAUCGGAGAUUUUGAGUUCAGACUCGACGAUCCGGUGACGAUGCUUCCAGCUGACGAGCUGUUCUCUGAUGGAAAGCUAGUGCCAUUGCAACUCACUACGAUGCGCCCUGCUGUUGCUUCAACAACGUCCGCGGAAGUUAGGUCGCCGGACACGGCGAAAUCUCGUCGGAGAGAUGAGGUUUCGUGUACGGAUCCGUAUCUUUUCUCCCCAAAGGCGCCGAGGUGUUCGAGCAGGUGGAAAGAGCUUCUGGGAUUGAAGAAGCUUCAGAGCCACCAGCCUAAGCAGGAAGUUCAGAAAGUAACGUCUUCGUUCCCUUCGAAGAUAUCCAACGCUAGGUCUCUGAAGCAUUUCCUCCAUAGAAACCCUAAAUCUUCUUCCUCUUUGGCCGGCGAUUCAUCAUUGAGUCUUCCAUUGCUAAGAGAUUCCGAUUCCGAGUCUGUUUCGAUUUCCUCCCGCCUUUCGCUUUCUUCAUCUUCCUCCGGGCCUGAUCAUGAAGAUUUGCCGCGUCUUUCCCUAGAUGCUGAGAAGCCCAACCCGAGCCAGGUUUUCAGAAAUCCCCCUAGAGUGAGAUUGGUGAAACCGACAAGGCCUGCUUGUGAUAACCCUAGGCCGUUCACCCUCGACCAUCCGCCGGCGAGGGUUGGAAGGAGCCCAAUCCGCCGAGCACCGGAUUCUACUACAAUCCCAGCCAGAGGGGUCUCCGUCGACAGUCCACGGAUGAAUUCUUCAGGCAAAAUCGUUUUCCAAAGCUUGGAGCGCAGCUCAAGCAGUCCAAGCAGCUUCAAUGGGGGACCCAAAAUCAAACACAGAGGAAUGGAGAGAUCCUACUCUGCAAACGUCAGGGUUACUCCUGUUCUUAACGUUCCAGUCUGUUCGCUUCGAGGCUCAUCAAAGUCAGGCUCCGUAUUCGGAUUUGGUCAGUUGUUUUCUUCCCCUCAGAAGCGAGACGGCGGAAGCACUGCCAGAACUCAUACGACUACCACCACCAUAAACAACAGAAACCGCAAUGAUCGAAACUGAUUUUGAUCAAAUGAAGAGAAGCGACGGGAAGAACGUGCUUAUGGACGGUCGCGCUCUGAGGAGAUUCUCUCAGUCCUCGUAAGCUAAAGCUACUUAAGCUGGCCAGUUUCUGUCUUUUUCUCUCUCCUGCAGUAGUGACUAGUGUGAAGAGCCCUGUAUAUUUAAUUAUAUUUAUAUAUACGUAAAAAGGCUUGGUCGCUGACAUGAAAUAUUCCUGUACUUUUUUGUCCAUCGCCCUUGAAUUCACUAUCGGGGGUUUCUUUGAUGCAAUGCAAGGACAGUGACUGAUCCAUCAUAUCACAUCCGAUGGGUCCCAUGUUCCAUCACCCGUCUGAUCCUUUGUUCCCUUCUACGUGGUUAUAGCUUAUAGACGGUCUAGUGCUGAUCUGUAUUUCGCCAUCACCAGCACUUAACAUUAUUAUAAGCUAGAUUUAAUUCCAGGGCCUUUGACAAGUCUUUCUUUACUCUUUGUAAAGGAGAGAUUAUCCUACUGCGGCCCAUAUUUUAUUAUUGUUGUUCAGAUGGGAUCUGAUCUGAUGGUCCUGGAGUUGUGAUCCAACCGUUUGAUCUUCUGAAUCGCGCCCUGGCAUAUGCUUAUAGACGGUCUAGUGCUGGUCAUUGCUUCUCCACCAGCACUUAAACAUUAUUAUAAUCAAGAUUGAGAACUUGGGUCACUUCAUCUUUCACAAGUUUCAAGUCUUUCUUCCUCUUCCCACUAAAGAGAGAUUAUCCACAUGUGGCCCACAUUCCCUGUUAUUUUCAAUUAUUAAUUUUUGGGGUCCUUUCUAGUGUCUUUAGAGCUUCAAAUUGGGGUUCAGGUGGGAUCCACGCUUCCUUGAAUUCUGAAUUUCUGAUCGAGUAUCAUUAGCCCAUUUCUCAUCCUAUCUCAUCCUACUAAGAAUAAAAGUAUUUGGAACGACACCAAGCGUACAUUAGAAUGGCUUCUAAAAUAGGGUUUGAGAAAGCAAUGAAGUCUUGAUGUCAUGAUACGCGCUUCGUAUUGAAUUUGGUUGGAUUUGGUGGCCUUCUCUCUCUCUCGUUCCCCUCCGGGGGGGGGUUUUGUUUUUUUGGUAGACCAGACAGAGGCUUUGGUGGGCGAGUUUAUUACUGUUAGAACUUUGUAAUGAAAUGGAAUUGGGUAAAUGAUUUUUUCACUGUUUCACUUCUC